GUGAAGAAGCUCAGCCUUACCGUACGCGGUGAUGGCGCUCACUCGGAGAUGAGAUUUUCCCACUAAGGCGGCUAGUUGAUUCGCUCUCGCCCCUUACUAUUCUGGCUGGCGCCUUUCGGAGAUAUGGUGGGCCCCAUAGGCAAAGUAUAUAGGCAAGGGCUUGUCCUUCCGCAAACGUUUCUGCAGCAUCAGCUCUACGUCUCUCGUUUGGAUACAUUCCAAUCUCUCUUAAUAUUCUUAUUUAAUCUAAUACCUACACUCGCUCAACCAACAUGCAUCUGUCAUUCACCACAGCCGUUUUGGCUAUCGCCGGAUCCGCCAUCGCGCUUCCCCAGAACCCUGCUCCUGCUCAGGGCACAUCGCUCCCCUCUAACGUCGCUCUUCCUCCUGCUCUCCCGGUCGACAAUUUCAAGACACCUAAGUAUGCUCGCCCGCUCUCUCUCGACGAGGCCCGGUCUGGUGUAAACGCCACCGUCACCACCAUUGAGAACAUUCAGGACGCCAAGAACAAGCUCCCUGAGCUUGUCCUUCCCAACAUCAUCCCUUCCCCCCUCCCCGUUACCGCCCGCGACUUGGAUGAGGAGCUCGAGAAGUUCGAGAAGAGACAGAGCACCUGCUCUAACCCCCGUAUCCGUCGCGAGUGGGACUCUUACUCCAACUCCGACCGUCAGGCCUACGUCGAUGCCAUCAAGUGUCUGCAGAACCGCCCGGCAUCUGGCCAGUUCGGUCAGUCUCAAAGCAGAUAUGAGGAUCUCGUCGCUCUCCACCAGACUCUGACCCCCAACGUCCACGGUAACGCCAAGUUCCUUCUCUGGCACAGGUACUACCUCUGGACCUUCGAGCAGAUGCUCCGCAGCGACUGCGGUUUCAACCGUGAACUCCCCUGGUUCGAUGAGACCAGGUACGCUGGCCGCUUCGGCCAGUCUUCCAUCUUCAGCUCGCAGUGGUUUGGCAGCGUCAACAUUGGCGGCCAGUGCGUAACCGACGGCCAAUUCGCUGGUCUCGCCAUCAACGUCGGUCCCGGCUCCGGCAACCAGCGUCACUGCUUGGCCCGCAACGGCGACGACACUAAGACCGCCAACACCGGCAACGCCAUCGUCGACGCCUGCAACUCUCGCACCGCCUACGCCGACAUGGCCUCCUGCGCCGAAGGAGGAGCGCACGCCUGGGGCCACAACGGCAUCGGCUCCGUCAUGCAGGACACCUACGCGUCUCCCGCGGACCCCGUUUUCUUCCUGCACCACGCCUUCAUCGACCGCAACUUCCGCAUCUGGCAGAACAACGGCGGCAAUGCGCGCAUCACCACUGUCUCCGGUACUGACGCUGUUGGCAACGGCCUCACUCUCGAUACUACCGUCAAUGUUUACGAUUUCCGUCCUACUGUCCGUAUUAGGGAUAUCCUUAACACUCAGAGUUCGACUCUGUGUUACAAGUACAACUACUAAGCUAAUGGCUAAUGUGCGGUUCUUUUGUGUUUAUUGAGGACAGCUGCAUGGCAUGGCAUGGGUAUCUUGUAAUUAGACAGUUUCUUUUUCUUUGUACAUAUUGAUACCAAAACACGCUUCAUUUGACGACCAUGUCACAAGCUCUUCUGUAUGAUGUGCCCUGGGUAUCUGGCUUCUCAAGUUCUAGCCCUGUGCUGAUUACCUCAAAUCAUCCGCCCUGUGGAUCAUCAAGCCCAUGCGCCGUCGCAUAUGCCACAUCACGUCCUGUUCAGAUGGCUACAACAUUUCUCAUCGCUGAAGAGCGGAUAAGUGGAGCAACGGAAAGUACCACGAGCAGCUAUCGUCGAUUG